AUGGGGCUAGAGGAGAAUCAGAUCCGGCCCCCCACCACGCCCAUUUUGGGCUUCAACAGCCAAAGAGUAUAUCCGAAGGGAGUCAUUCGCUUAACUGUGGUGGCUGGAGAACGCGCCUUGCCAGUAGACUUUCUCAUUAUAGAUUCCACCACAAACUACAACGCCAUCAUGGGGAGAAAUUGGAUCCACCGGAUGCAGGGGAUAGUCUCAACUCUACAUCAGGUGAUGCGGUGUCAAUCACUCAACGGGCGCUACACCGUUGAUAUCAAGGGCUGCCAGAAGCAGACCAAAAAGCGCUUCCUUACCUUGAAAGACAUAAAUAACUCUGGCACUGCUUCCCAUAAUGACUCCCCUGACAAAUAG